CCGGGGACAAGUGAGGUUAGAAAACAUGUAAACAAUCGUGUUCGCCUGCAUGAAAAAAGUCAAAUUGGGAGAUUCUGCAAGGAUUUUCUUUCAAAUUACACGUCACAUUGCAUAAUGGAGAACUUUGGCGUGAGUAGACAUUGGAAAUUGGGAUAAAGACCAUACUGAUGUGGUGGAAUUUCUCUCAGAAUCGCUUCAUGGAAAUCCUAAGCUACCCAGUCCGGGAACGCUGUCAGGAACUGUGUGUGCUGAUUGACCACUGCAGCAUUAAGGAGCUGCAGGAGGUCUUCCCAACGCUUGUGCACUCGAUCUUCAACUCCAACGGUGGGAUUGGCUGGGGCUUGAGAUCCGUGGUGGCCAACACUUAUGAGUUCAGCAUCCUUUAUGACUUCUUCGUGCCUUUGGGGCCCAUGUUCAGGCUCUGCUACAAAUUGCUGAAUGACGCCCUUAAAUUCGACGUGCCUAUCUCGACGCUGCCGCUGAAGAUGCGUCAGAUGCUGGAGAGCGGACGUUAUCCACUCUUCUACUCAGACAUUGUCAAUGUGGAUCACUUCAGUCGCCAAGUGACUUCGGUUUCCUUCAAUGCUUUUGGCUUCUACAUGCUACACUUUGCCCUCCAUGGCCUGAUCCCAAUGCAUAAAAUCUGCCCGGCAGCGCAGAGAGUGCACACGGAGAAUUGGAAGUCUGUGUUCUUCUUCCUCACAGCGGAUUAUCUGUGCACUUUCCUACCCAAGGAUCCCAACGAGCCCGUUCUGCCGCAGAACAUUUCUGGGAAUAUCAAAGUGGCACAAACCAUCCAGAUAAGUCCGGUGAAACCCACGCGAUCGCCGGUUUAUCUGAAGCUCUCCGCCCUCACGCGCCAGACUCCGAAUCCAAUAACCGUCUCCCGAGGAGUUGAGCCCUCUUCCUGGACGCACGCCUGGCGCACUGAGACCGUGUUGUACAUCUUCACCGACGCCUGGCUGCGAUUCAGUGUGGAGGACAGCAGAGAUUUGCCCAGCAGCGAGUUCAUCCGCUUGAUCAGGAUCUUCGUGAAGCAAGGACACCUUUUCGCCAAUUCUGCAGACAUUGACAACACUUCGGUGUCGCAGCUGAGAAAACUGGCCCAAGCGAUGAUGAACGCUCAGAUGAACGCCUUCCUGACGGGCAUAAUCUCCCGAUGGCCUCUCGAUUGCUCCUUCAUGGUGGUCCUGGAGCUCUGGCUGAGCUACAUUCAGCCCUGGCGAUACGUUUUUGGCCGCGAGGUGAAGGACGCGAGCGAUUUUGGAGGCGCUCUGCUGCGAUUCGAGUCCUUCAUACAGGAGAAUCUCUGCGAGUACACUCAGAUCUUUAUACAAUUGCUUCCGCGAUUCGAGUGUCUGGACUUGACGUCGCUGAAGAACGUUCUCAUGAUCUUUCGACUGGUGAAGGUGUUCAGCCAGCCGAAUCUUGUGGAUGUUCUCUCGCGACUGGAGAGAUCGAUGAUCUCCAAUGCCAACGGAUUUAUGCCACAGCGAUAUUCGCCCACGCAAUACUCGCCGAAUAAGAGUGCCAACACUCUCCUGGACACUAGCUACAUGUUCAUGUUCCACGCCGUCGUCAGGGACAAGAUUCAGCUGCUCCUGCGGAAGAUCAAAGUGGCCGAAGUGGCGGCCAGAGAGCAAAACAGACUCGCUGAGUUGAAGUCUCGUGAGGAGACGUUCGCCAGUGUGUGGCAGAAGAUCAAAAACUUCUUCACCGAAGGCGAAGAUUACUUUGAAAAUGCAUUGAAACAGGACAAACAGAGAAUCCCAGAAAUUUUGCAGCUCACCGCUCAACUGAUGGCGGAUGCCUUUGAGCUGGAGCUGCCUGAGAUCGUGCUUCCGGAGAGUGUAGGACAAGAGUACUCAAAUACUGCACCGGAAGCCUUCACUUCCCUCCACAAUGACUCUUCGCAGGGCUUUUCGUCACUCUUGAGCACCUCUAGAAGUAGAAUUGUGGACUAUCGCGGCGAUCCAGACUUGAUGCCGAUUCAGAGCAAUGAAAUCACGUCUCUUGCGAGAUUUCUCUACCAAGUGUCCUGCAAAUUGAACAUCAUGUUUGGAAGCGAUUUCCAGAGGAUUUGGCAGCGGAAUGACAUCUGGGGUGUGCUGCUGAGGCCUCUGCUGGCGCCCCCGAUGGUGGCGGAGUACAUCGACAAGUCCUCAGGCAGGGCAGUGUUCAGGGAAAAGUACUUGGGUCCACGCGUCAGAUUGCGAUCGCUGGCGUCCUACAAGACAUUCUUCCUGAUUGCGCUGGCAAUGUUCUGUGGGAAGUUCUUCUUCAAUUCCAUCCUGGCCGGCGUGUUCCUGCUCAUGAUUUUCGUCCUGGUAAUUUCAUCCGUGGUGAGACAUUUUGGUCAAGAGGAAUUUCCUGAAAACUCUCGCAAUUUAUUGAAUUAG